AUGAAACAAGCGCGCUUUCAUCAGCCGACCUUGAACCUUCGUGCGCAUGCGCGAAUUUUUUUCCGCCUGCCGAUAGCGUCAGUCGCUGGGACACAGCGUUUGAGUGAGGUAGUGCGCAGUGCUCUCGACGGUUUUUUAUUGCAAGGAAAAUGGCAGAGCGACUGGAGCAGCGCUACUGCAUCAAAUUUUGCCAGAAACUGGGCAACAGCCAAGUGGAAAUCAUUCGGAAGAUUCACACGGCUUUCAGUGACGAUGCUAUGAGCAGCACACGCAUUAAGGAGUGGUACAACCGGUUUAAAGACGGCCGCACAUCGGUGGAGAUCGAGCCACGCUCCGGUCUGCCAUCAACAUGCCGAAAUGACCAGGUCAUUGCCGAAGUGAACGCUGUGGUGACGCGGGACCGUCAUGUGACUAUCCGAGAAAUUGCGGAAGUGGUGGGCAUGAGCACUUUUUCUGCACAUUUCAUUAUGACCGAAGAUUUGGCCAUGAAGAGAGUUGCGGCGAAAUUCGUGCCGAAGCUGCUCACGGAGGAGCAAAAGCAACUUCGUGUUGAAGUCUCACAGGGCAUGCUGGAUUCCACAGACAGUGACCCUGACUUCAUGAACACCAUAAUCACUGGUGACGAGUCU